AUGAAAACACAUCCUCUGACUGAUGAAGAAAAUGAACAUAUUGUCCUAUCAUUAUUACAUCAAGUUGGAUCUGUUCAUGACAAUAUCGCCUUUGUUGAAUCAGCUCCCACAGAUGUAACGGUCAAUUCAUCAUCUCAUCGAUACAAUACUUCUACCGGAAUCAAAAUUUCAUUCCAUGACAUUAAUUAUCAUGUCGGUCGAACGCAAAACCAGAGACUAUUGUCAUGUGGUAAAUCACAACCAAGUCAGCAAAUACUCUGUAACAUUUCAGGUGGAUUUUCAUCAGGAAUGAACGCUAUUCUCGGACCAUCGGGAUGUGGUAAAUCUUCUUUAUUGGAUAUUCUCGCUGAUCGAAAAGAUCAAAAUGGUCUAUCCGGUCGCGUUUUAGUCUCUGGUAGACCUCGUUCGAAAACAUACAAAUAUUCGAUUGGUUAUGUUGUUCAAGACGAUAUCAUCAGUGGAACAUUAACUGUUCGUGAAAAUCUGAUGUUUUCAGCUAAUGUUCGUUUGCAACGAUCAAAAACAAAAGAACAACGUAAUGAAUUAGUCGAUAAGAUUAUUCGAGAUUUAGGUUUAGAACGGUGUGCUGAUACGCGUAUUGGUACACAUUUUCUUCGCGGAGUGUCCGGUGGUGAAAAACGUCGUGUUUGUAUUGGAAUGGAAUUAGUUCUAUCACCAAGUAUACUCUUUCUCGAUGAACCCACUAGUGGACUCGAUUCAUCCACCGCAGAAAAUGUCAUGAAAUGCCUGCAUAAGCUAUCAAGAGAAGGAUGCACGAUUAUCUUUUCUAUUCAUCAACCACGAUAUUCAAUCUACAAAUUAUUCGAUACUGUCUUACUUCUUUCAUCGGGUCAUACAGUCUAUUUCGGUCCAGCGAACGGAAUUUUAUCCUAUUUUGCUUUACAAGGUUUCAAAUGUGAAGAGCAUGAUAAUCCCGCAGAUUUUGCACUUGACGUCAUUAUUCACUGUAACAGUCGGUCGUCCACUGUAUUACAACAGGCAUAUCUAAAGUCUGUGAUGUGUUCCAAUACGGAAAAUUUCACGUUGGACGAUCAAUCGUUUAAUGAAAUUAUAUCUCGAUCACGAAUGGAUGAGUUUUAUUAUGUUUGUAUUCGGACACUUCGAAAUACAAUACGAGAUCCAGCAAUGGCUGCGUCACAAAUCAUUGUCGCGACAUUAUUAGCAUUGUUGACCGGUUUAGUAUUCAAUCAAAUGCAAGCCACUGUCGAGACAGGUGUACAGAAUCGACUAGGAGCGAUAUUUUUCAUUGUUGUCAAUCAAAUCUACAGCACGGCAACAGCUUUAGAACCACUAGUUCAAGAACGUGCACUCUUCAUUCAUGAAAAUGUUAGUGGGUACUAUCGUGUUUCUACAUUUUUCUUUGCUAAAUUAAUCUGUGAUUUAUUACCAAUGCGAUUGAUACCAUCGGUGAUAUUUUCUGUCAUUACGUAUUCUAUGACUGGUUUUCAGGUAUCAUUCAGUCGAUUUUUUACUUAUCUUCUAACGAUUUUCAUCAGUACUGUCUUCGGAUCAGCGAUAUGCUUUUUCGUUGCAUCUCUCAUUCCAAUCUUUGUGGUUGCAUUGAUUGUUGUAGUGUUCAUAUUCGUUCUGAUGAUGAUCUUUAGCGGAUUUUUGAUCGAUCUUCAGAGCAUUUUCCCAUUUCUUCGAUGGUUACAAUGGAUCAGUGCGUUUCGAUACGCAACAAACUUGUUAACUAUUAAUGAAUUUCGUAAUUUAACAUUUUGUUUAACCAACAAUUCACAUAUUUGUCCAAUUCAAGGUGAAGAAAUCUUAGGUCAACGUGACAUUCCUUAUGGGAAUGACUGGGAUAUGUGGAAGAAUUUUGUCGCUCUGAUAAUUAUGAUUUUUAUCUUUUUGACAAUGGCAUUUAUUCAAUUAAUACGAAUGAAAAAGGUCAAAUAA